AUGGCUCAACCCAGUUCCAAACACGUAGCCUCCUCGUCCUUGUCUCCGUCCCGCGUUGGAACCCUGGCGUCUCGGUACGGAACACAUGAGACACUGUUUCCAACAAAUGCACACCGUAUUUGCAUUUGCAUUUCCAUUCAUUUUCAUUUCAUUUUGUUUACUGUAACUUCACCGCAAUGUAAAGCCCCCUUCCAAAUCAGUGCAAACCAGUCUGUCAACGUUGCAUCCCGAACCAACACUUGUAUCAAAUGCCUCACUUCUCCAGUGUGGCAAACAAAACCAACGCCAUCAACACGCCUCUUCCAUCUUCCGCAAGGCGUCCAGUUCCCUGAAUCGCCGACUUACGAUUGCCCGUCCCAACCCAACCCGUCUUACCUACCCCCUCCUUUCACAAAGAAAAAGCGUCUCGGCCAUGUGUCUUGGUCCCCUUUAUGGCUCGGGGCGUCCGAGGCAGACUUGAACAAAGAGGGGUUCUGA